UCCUGUCCCCCCAGCUCUGUUCAACCUGAUCCCAGUGGGACUCAGAGUGGUGGCCAUUCAGGGCGUGAAGGCAGGACUCUACGUGGGGAUGAACGCUGAGGGGUUCCUCUACACAUCAGAUGUGUUCACAGCGGAGUGUAAGUUCAAGGAGUCAGUGUUUGAGAACUACUACGUGAUCUACUCCUCGACUCUGUACCGGCAGCACGAGUCGGGCCGGGCCUGGUUCCUGGGACUCAACAAGGACGGAGCCAUCAUGAAGGGGAACCGGGUGAAGAAGACCAAGCCCUGCUCACACUUUGUACCCCGCCCCAUCGAAGUGUGCAUGUACAAGGAGCCGUCGCUCCACGACCUGGAGGAGAAGCUUCUGAAGUAGUCGAGGAGCCCGUCAUGAUAUUUAAAGAAUAAUAAAAACACGUCAUGAUAUUUAAAGAAUAAUAAAAACACGUCAUGAUUUUUAAAGAACAAUAAAAACACGUCAUGAUAUUUAAAGAAUAAUAAAAACACGUCAUGAUGUUUAAAGAAUAAUAAAAACACGUCAUGAUAUUUAAAGAAUAAUAAAAACACGUCAUGAUGUUCUGCCUGGACGGAGAAAGCUCGUUUGAAAUCAGUAAUCUUGAGGAAUGUGAACAAAGCUCCGUCUUCGUGAUGCGUUCAGGGACUGAGCGGGUUUGAUGUUUUUUUGGGUGUUUGAUGAUUAACACUACUAACAGCUGAUUGAGUUUUCACGCAGCAUGUUUUCACAAGCCUCAAAACGUGCACAGAAACACGACUGUAUUCGGGGGGGGGGGGGGUUUGUUGUGAU